GUGUCCAUGUCGAGGAGACUACGAGACCAAAAGGAGUGGGAGGUGCGAGCUUCAACUCUCGCUCGCAACACCCAUAAUCUGAUCAGAGGAAUAGUUGAGAACCUGCAGGUCGAGCCUAACCCAAACAAACAGUUGAUAGCUUUGUCUGUUGGCGACCCUACAACUUUUGGGAAUCUCAAUCCACCAGAGCAAGUUUUAGAUAGUAUUCGCGAGAGUGUUCAAUGGCACACAAGUCGAGGCUACGCUCCUGUAGUAGGGCAUUAUGAAGCAAGGAAAGCAGUGGCAGAGUACACCGCACACCAGGGUAAUGUGUCACCGGACGAUGUUAUUCUGUGCAGUGGAUGUUCACACGCUAUCGAGUUGGCGAUCACGGUACUCGCAGAUUCAGGACAAAAUGUUCUUGUGCCAAGUCCAGCGUUUAUGAUAUACCAAACAGUGGCUGAGGGGCUAGGAAUUAAAAUGAAAUUUUACAAAUUACUACCUGAGAGACAAUGGGAAGCAGAUUUAGACGACUUAGAAAGCCAAAUAGAUGAUGACACCGCCGCACUUGUUGUCAUCAACCCGUCAAACCCGUGUGGGUCAGUUUAUACGAAAGAACAUUUAAAUAAUAUAUUGGACAUAGCAGCUAGAUACCACGUGCCGAUCAUAGCUGACGAAAUUUAUGAACAUUUUGUAUUUUCUGGAAGCGAAUUCACUGCCAUGUCAGCUUUAUCUCAAGACGUUCCUGUACUUACAUGCGGAGGAUUAACGAAGAGAUUUUUAGUGCCUGGAUGGCGUAUGGGUUGGCUAAUUAUACACGACAGGCACAAUAUAUUAGGAAAAGAGAUCCGCAAGGGAUUGAAUAAUGUGGCCAGUAAAAUUUUAGGACCCUGUACAUUGGUACAAAGGGCUCUACCGUCGAUUUUAAAAAAUACACCGCAAAGCUUUUUCGACGAAGUUGUUCUGUUUAUUGAGAAUCAAGCAAAAUUAGCAUAUAGCGAACUUCGAAAGGCGCCUGGGCUUAAACCGGUGAUGCCACAGGGGGCCAUGUACAUGAUGAUUGAAAUUAAGAUGUCCAUGUUCCCGAGGUUUAAAAAUGAACUUCAGUUUGUAGAGCAAUUGGUUGCUGAGCAGUCUGUGUUUUGUUUACCGGGGCAGUGUUUUUGUUAUCCUAACUUUAUGCGUAUUGUUCUGACCGUGCCAGAAGAUAUAAUGCGCGAGGCUUGCCACAGAAUAAUAGUUUUCUGCCAAGAGAACGUCAUUGUUGCGCCAAGAGAAAGACUGGUGGAUUACAAUAGCAGCGAUAUACCCUUGUCCAUUGACAAAGAAGUCAUCUGCGAUAACACCAUACCGCGAGUUCUGGCUCAAACUGAAAAAUUAUAAAGUCGAGUAUGAAUUUGUAGAGCAGGUACCUAAUUUACAAGUUACACAUUAAAUUGUUUUGUUACCAGUAUAGACCUAAAGGCUACAAAAUGCCGGA